AUGGCAAGGAGGUAUUUGACCCGCCAAGAAUUAGAGGUGUUGGCCGAAAAUCUAUCCGAUAUUGAGUCUAUUCAGGAUCCAUUCGAAGAUAGUAGAUCUGAAUAUAUCGAGUCUGAGCAUAAGUCAGAUAGCGACUCAGAUUUUGAAAUAAUACCUAAGAAAAAACGUAUUAUUAAGAAGAAAUAUAAAAAUAAAUUGCUGCCAAAAACUCAUCUGCUAAUCACGAUUGCAAUUUGGAGACAUCUAGCUCGUCAGAGAAUGAAAGCGAACAUUGGAUGGAAUAAAGUUGAUGAGAACUUUGUCCCCCGUUUCAGCAUUCCAGAAGAAAGAGUCUGCUCUAUUCUAGCUGAUUUGAAUAGAGGGUCUUCAGAACUACACAUAUUUAUGAAAUUAUUUCCUAACAGUUUGUUCCACUACAUCGCGCAGUGUACCAACGAGCGUUUGAAAAUUUUAGAAGAAACCACUAAAAAAAAGCAAAUACUAACAGAUGCUCAUGAAAUAAAAAUUGUGAUAGGCUGCCUUCUAAUUAUGGCCUACAAUAAGGUCCCUGCAAUGCAUCAUUAUUGGUCUUCUAAUAAGUCGUUGGGAAAUGAUGCUAUAAAAUCAGCCAUUUCAAGGGACAGGUUUCAGUUGUUAGUUAGUAAACUUUACUUCAGUUCACCCAAAAAACCUGACAAGUGCAGCAAGUUGUACUACAUUGAAGAUGUCGUCAACUGUCUGAAAAAAACUUUUGCUGAAAUAAGAACAGAAUCUUCACACCAAUCCAUUGACGAAUCAAUGACCAAAUUCAAAGGCAGAUCGACUCUCAAGCAAUACCUACCUUUGAAGCCAAUAAAACGAGGUAUUAAAAUUUGGCAACGGUGUGAUGCUAAGUCUGGUUACGUUUACGACUUUAACAUUUACUCUGGGAAGGAAGCUGAAGUCCUUGAUGGUACUUUAGGUGAAAGAGUUGUAAGAAAACUUACAGAUACAGUCGGAGAGCCAAAUGUGUCUUUUUGUUUUGAUCGCUUUUUCACUUCUGUAGAUUUAUUAGAUCAGUUGCCAUUUCCAGCAGUCGGAACGUGCAUUGCGUCAAGAAAGAACAUGCCUAAGUUUGAAAAGAGAAAAAGGAGAAAGGGAGAAAUUGAAAGCAUGCAUAAUGACAACGGGACGAUAGGAUUUCUUUGGAAGGACACGAAAGAAGUAUUGGUACUUAGCAGUUGCCAUAGAGAUGUAAAAAUUGAGGUAACCCGAAGAUCCAUAGAUGGAUCCAAAAUAAAUGUGGAGUGCCCGGAAGCAAUAGGAUUUUAUAACGCCAAUAUGGGCGGUGUAGACUUGUCAGAUCAGUUCACCGGGUUAUACGAUAUUGACAGGAAGUCACUGAAAUGGUGGAAAAAAGUGUUUUAUACGCUUCUUUUGACUUCCGCUGUGAAUGCUUGGAUUAUUUGUAGAGUUGCGUAA